AUGAACCCAGCCGAGCAACUUGCCCAGCCUCUGGUCGAAGCCGCUGAACAGGUAGCUCCAGAUCAGAUGGUGGCAGGGACCUCGGGGGGGCCGAGUGGCGACUUUGGGGAAGUCGACACCAUCCCCCCAGCCCUGGAGCAAAAAGACGUUGACGAGCUGGCGGAAAAAUAUGAAAUCCCGGCCCAAUUCGAGCCCAGGGCCGCCCGCCCAGGGGAGGUCGCCAGCCGACCUCCUCCUGGCUUCGUGGCGAUCUACAGGGACCAGCUGAUGGCUGGUCUCCGUCUGCCCAUUCCCAAUUUCCUCUUCUUUAUCCUUACCUUCUGGGGCAUUCGCAUAACUCAGGUCAUCCCCAAUGCUGUUCGCUCCAUCAUAGGCUUUUUCAUCCUUUGCCGAGCACUCGAAAUCCCCUUUUCUCUUGACCUGUUCCGAGCCUUCUUCCAGAUGAAGGUCAGCGGGAAGGUGCCUGGGUGGUUCUACUUUGCCCGGCGAAGUGGAGCGAAAACCCCCACCCGCGAGCUGUUCACGGGGGCACCUUCUUCUAUCAAGGACUGGAAGCCCCAGUUCUUCUUUGUUAGGAACUUAGGCUUCCCUCCCCUUACCUGGAGGGCAGAGACUCAAGUCUCAGAUCCCCUUCCGUCCCCGCUCCCCGUGCCCGAGCUUAGCCGCCUACUCAGCUCGGACGCGAAGCUGGACGUGAAGGAGCUCAGCAACAACCAGCUCUGGGCGGCGGGGUUGAUCCGAGCUAGCUCUUCGGAUCCCUCCAUAGAGGAUAGGCCACUCUCGACAGACGAGCUGGACGCCUGUAACCAUCCUGACCUUCCGUCCAUUUUCUUUUAUCAUCAUUUUUUUUUUCAACUACUGAUCUCUUGGCCUCCUGUUUGUGCAGUGAAGCGAUUUUCCUCACUUCUGUCCAUCGGUGGCACCAGCAACCCGAGCGCUGCCACGCAGACUCCUUCGGCCAUCCCAGCCAGCUCGGUGCCAGCUCCCAUACCUCAACUAGCUCCUGCCCAAUCCUCCAAGGCGGUUGAGGCGGGGAAGAAAAAGAAGAAGAAGACAACUGCCAAGAGAGCUAGGGUGGAAACGCCCUCGUCCCCAGCUCGGGAGGAGAGGUCGACACCUGAGACUGCUCAGGGUGGCCACUAUGGCGUGAACUCAACCGAGGAGCAAGCCCGAGCUGAGGCUCCUCCUAACUUGUGGCAACGCCAGAGCUCCUUGCUCUUCGAUCCCCAGACUCGGCUGACGACGCACCAGCACCCCAUGCACUUCUGCCCCCAGUGGAAGCUCUCCAUAAAUGACCGAGCUCAGUUCCCCGAGGUGGCACGGGAGCUCGCUCACGGGGCCAUCCUCCCACGGGACUACAACUUGACCAAGGCCAUGGAGCCAGCCGACCUUCUCAACUACUUCUAUACAGGAACGGCGCAGGUAAACUUGGUUGGGUCCGAGCUGGCCAGGCGUUACGAAAGCCUGCUUCCCCUGCUGCAUGAAACGAAGACGGCCAACGAGAAGUUGCUCAGCCAGAACGAAGCAGCAGUGGCCGAAGCUGAAGGUCUGAAGAAGCAGCUCGCGCAAGUCCACACGAACUUCGAGCUAGAACUGAAGAAGAACGCCGAGCUGACCUCCCAGCUGAAAGAGGAACAGCAGAAGGCAGCUGGGCUGUCCGCUCAGGCAGAGGCAGCCAGGGCUGAGGGAAGCAAGGAGGGCGUGCGGACCUUCCUCCGGUCCGAGGAAUUCAGGGGCGACCUGGCCAUCCUGAAUACCCCCGUUCUGCAGCACGGGUAUUCCCAGGCCCUGCAGGAAGUGCAAGGGUUAGGUCUGCCCGGGUUCGAUCUGGGAAACUUUCCCAGCUACAACCCCCUGCCCGUGGAGCAGCUCGACCGCCUGGUGGAGGGCUACACGCACGGACGGAAGCUGACCGACCUGGUUGCCGACCCCCUGCUGCCAGUGACCACCCCCGAAUCCGAGCAGGAGGAGGAGGAGGGUGAAAACUAG